AUCUCUGCAACUACAAAGAUCUUCAGUUUCUGUAACAAUGGUUUUCAGGGUACAUUGACUAAUGGGCAAGAAAUAGCAGUCAAAAGGCUUUCAAAGAGUUCUGGACAAGGGUUAACAGAGUUCAAAAAUGAAGUUAUUUUGAUUGCAAAACUUCAGCACAGAAAUCUUGUUAAACUUCUUGGCUGCUGCAUUGAGAAAGAUGAAAAAAUGUUGAUAUAUGAAUUCAUGCCGAACAAGAGCUUAGAUUUUUUCAUUUUCGAUCAAAUGAGAAGCAAUUUUCUAGAUUGGAAAAAGCGCUUUCACAUUAUUGAGGGAGUUGCCAGAGGGCUUGUUUAUCUUCAUCAAGACUCUAGACUAAGGAUUAUACACAGAGAUCUCAAAGCAAGCAAUGUGUUAUUGGAUAAGGACAUGAAUCCCAAGAUUUCUGACUUUGGUUUGGCUAGAAUAUUUGGUGGGGACCAAACAGAGGCUAAUACAAAUAGAGUGGCAGGAACAUAGUAAGUACACAUCUGCACUUAUUAUU